AUGGAUCAAAAGUCAUUGGAGCAAUUAAUGAGUAAACUAUUGGGUAACAAGUUGGAUGCAGUGCUUAAAACUUUAGAUAAUUUGCAGUCUAAGAUGGAUAAAAUUGACAAACUUGAAGAGUCGAUAAAUUUUUUGAGUAAGGAAUAUGAUGAUUUCAUUCCGAAGAUAAAAAGUUUAGAAGAGGAGAACUCUCGUCUUGCUGACGAGAAUGUAUGCCUGAAAGCUGAGAUACAAAAUACGGCCAACAGCCUAAAGAUAAUGAAACAAGAAUUGAAUAACGCUGAACAGUAUUCAAGAAGAGACUGUAUUGAGAUUAAAGGCAUACCCAUUCAAAGGAAUGAAGUUUGCAAUGAGGUGGUCAAAACAGUUGGUGAUUUAAUUGGCGUAGAUAUCAAAGAUCAGGAUAUCUCAGUAAGUCAUCGCCUUGCUGCUAAGACGAACAGUAAUGCAUGCAG